UAGGUGCUCUGGGAAAUGUAGGCGGUGCGCCCCGCCUCCCGCCCGGCCGGGGAAAGAAAGGCGUGCGGGUGAGGCGGUCGGCCCGGUGUCCUGUUCUCAGCGCAGAAGAUGGCAGCGGAGGAGGCCGCGGAGGCUGGGCUGUCUGCGGAGCGGCUGCAGGAGGCCGAGGAGGAGGCAGCAGAGAAUGGGGCAAGCUCCGCGGGAGGUGGUGAGGCCGCGGCGCUCAAUGGUGAAGUUGGCUGUACGAAAGUGGAAAACAACAACCUGUCUGUGAAAGCUAGGUCAGAAGUAGAAACCAAAGAAGAAAGAACAGAGCAUGAAUCCAUAAGGGAGCCCGAUAGUAACAUUUUGGAUGUUUCAUCUGAUUAUCCAAGAGAGAAACAUCUUUCCAUUCAAAGACAACUUGCUGAUCUAGAGAAACUGGCUGACCUGAAUGAAGCUGAAAAGAAGCCUUGUCCCUUGUGUCCUGAAGAGAAAUUUAAAGCCUGCUAUGGCCAUAAACUUCAUCGUCACCUCCAGAAUUUGCACUGGAAAAUUUCUGUGGAAUUUGAAGGGUACAGAAUGUGUAUCUGCCACUUGCCUUGUCGUGUAGCAAAACCAAACUUCGUUGCAGAUCAGGCGUUUUCAAAGAUGGGAGCACACUACCACUGUAUCAUCUGCUCAGCAACUAUCACACGAAGAACUGAUAUGAUAGGACAUAUUAAUCGCCAUGUCAAUAAAGGAGAAACUGAAUCAAGAUUUAUUACAGCUCCUGCUCCCAAGUCAUCUUGUGAAGUGCUGAAAGAGGCAGACACAGAUGUGCAGGUUCUUCCCAACUAUUUCACACCUCAAAAAACAGACUCCUAUUUUAAUCCCAAAAUGAAGCUCAACAGGCAACUGAUAUUCUGUGCACUGGCUGUUUUAGCUGAGGAACGUAAACCAAUAGAAUGUUUGGAUGCAUUUGGUGCUACUGGUAUAAUGGGAUUACAGUGGGCAAAACAUCUCCGAAGUUCUGUCAGAGUUACAAUUAAUGAUUGCAAUGAGAAUUCUGUGACAAUGAUUCAGGAAAACUGCCAUUUAAACAAAAUGAAGGUGAAAGUGAGCGCUAAGGAAGAAGACUAUUACGAAGCUCUAGGAGAUGGAGAAGAAAAUACUGAUACCAUUGAGGUGACAAAAAUGGACGCCAAUGUUAUAAUGCAUUUGAGAUCAUUUGAUUUUAUACAUUUGGACCCAUUUGGAACUUCUGUGAAUUACCUGGAUUCUGCCUUCAGAAACGUGAGGAAUCUUGGAAUUGUGUCGCUGACAUCCACAGACAUCAGUUCUCUGUAUGCAAAGGCUCAACACGUCACCCUGCGUCACUAUGGAUGUAACAUUGUGCGAACAGAGUACUACAAGGAGCUGGCAGCCAGGACAGUCAUUGCUGCUGUGGCAAGAUCUGCAGCUCGCUGUAAUAAAGGCAUUGAAGUCUUGCUUGCAGUAGCCCUAGAACACUUUGUUCUUGUAGUCGUCAGAGUUUUAAGGGGACCAUCUCCUGCAGAUGAUUCAGCGAAGAAAAUAAGAUAUCUCAUCCACUGUCAGUGGUGUGAGGAGAGAAUUUUUCAGAAAGAAGGCAAUAUGGUAGAAGAAAAUCCUUAUCAGCAGCUGCCUUGUGAUUGUCAUAGCAGUAUGCCUGGGAGGACAGCAGUAGUUCUUGGUCCUCUCUGGUCAGGAGCUCUCUUUAAUACUGGGUUCCUCAGAAGAAUGUUGUUUGAAGCUGUCCAGUAUGGCUUAGAUGAUGUUCAGCCACUUCUGAAAACAGUGGUCUGUGAAGCUGAGUGUACAACUUCCAAGAAUUUUUCUACCCAUAGUCCUUCUGAUGAGAACAAACAAGAAGAGUGUGGCGUAUAUAUUAAAACACCAGAUAUGCUGGCAGAGUCUGAUGUGGUGCCUGGAAAAAGAAAAAAUAAUGAAGUGAUGCGAAAUGCGACCAAACGACAAAAAACUGACAACAGUGCGGAGCACCCUGCAUUUUACUACAAUAUCCACAGACACAGUAUUAAAGGAAUGAACAUGCCGAAGUUAAAUAAGUUCUUAAACUACCUCUCUGAAGCUGGAUACAGAGUCAGCAGAACCCACUUUGAUCCUAUGGGCGUUCGCACCAACGCUCCCUUGGCACAGUUCAAGACUGUUCUCAUGAAGCACAGCACUCCCACGUAUGCUGGGGGGCAAACAGAAGGCCCUCUCCAACUGACAGAAGAUGUCCAGGUGGGAGACCAGCUUCAAGCUGCUGCAGACAGCAAGGCAAAGGAUGAUGAGCUUCUGGAAGAGAAAAAAUCUGGAGACACUGCCGCUAUCUUCGCAGAAGACUGCCCUACUCACUGUGCAGCCAAUUAGUCCAAUCCUUUUGGAUUUACAUGAGAACUUGCACCUACGCUCUGUUCAAGCACACCAGUACUCCUUGCAGACCUGGAAUUUGACAGUUUGAAAUCCCUGCAAUUUCCAUUGGAGAGGAUGUUUUAGAAUUCUAGACCUUAGCACUGAAAGCAAGUGUGUAUGGUUGAGAUGAUUUUCCUGUGGGGAAAAUUAUUAGAUGGUUGGUUCUUUCACACUUGCAUCCACUUUCACACUGAGUAUUGUAGCUAGCACCAAGUCUUUGUAUGGCCUUAUUCAAGCUGCUGGAACAGAAUAUAGGAGAGUGGAUGGGGCCAGAAGUCUGAAGCAUUUCUGAACAUAAAUUUAGUUUGAAUCAGGUGAUCGUUCCUAAAACCUGACCUGUUAGAACUCAAAGGAAGGUCACAUUAAGGUGAUAAAAUACCGCAGGACAAAAUGUGACAUGAAGCCAGAAGGUGCAACUUGGUGCACUUGUAACUCCACAUUGCUCAUGUAAUUUGGCCUUCCGUUUUGUUUCUGUAGAUCUACCUACAGGCAAAAUCCUAACACGAGUGAGAGCAGAAAGGAACCCAUACAGAGCUGUACAUAAACUUCAGUUCCUAACUAAGCAUUUGUCUGUACUCACUCCAGGUAGUUUGUUUGCUCUGAGAUUUAAUUUGGUUGUACACUUUAAAAAAAAAAAAAAAAAAAAAAAAAAAAAAGUAGAGUGAGCAGACAUCACAAUCUGAAGUUCCAGACUAUUAAUUUGUUAAUAGUACAGUUUGCUGUUAAAAGAUCUCUUCAGUGUCUGAGACGCUAUUUGUUGGUAGUCAUUUGGGGUUUCUUGAAAUACAUGGCAACAUUCCAAUCAAACAAACCUGCCUUCAUUUUUAUUUUUUUUUCUCCCCCCAAAAAAAUCAUUUUACUUGGAGGAAAAAAAAAAAAAAAAUUUUACUUGGAUUCUUAGACUCACAGAAUGGCUUAGGUUGGAAGGGACCAUAAAGAUCGUCUGUUUCUACCACCCUGGAGUGGGCUGGUUGCCACCUACCAGAUCAGGUUGCCUGGGGCUCUAUCUAGGCUGGCCUCGAUGCCCACGGGGAUCCCACAGCUUCUCUCGGUGGCCUGUGACAGGCAUCUCUGUGCUCUGAGAAAAGAAUCCCCUCCUAACUUUAAACUAAAAUAGGGGAGAUUUAGGUUAGAACUGUUCCCUGUUGUUCUGUAUUUGCCUGCAUAAGAAGUCGAUCUCCCUUUAAGUAUUGGAAGGUCACAACGAGAUCUCCCCAGAUCUGCCUUCUCCAAGCUGAACCACUUUAGCUCUCUCAGCCAUCCUUCAUAGGAAAGGUGCUCCAGCUUUCUGAUCGUCUUAAUGGUCUUCUGGACCUGCUCCAACACCUCCACAUCUUUCUUAUGGUGCAGUAUUCCAGAUGAGGUCUCACAAGGGUGGGCUUGAGCUGGAUAAUUGCUUCCUUCUCCCUGCUGGCCACUCCUGAUGCAGCCCAGGACACAGUCAGCCUUGUGGGCUGUAAAUACAAACUUUUCAUCCACCAGGACCCUAAGUCUCCCAGGUCUGCUCUGAAUAAAUGUCUGGCAUUCUCCUGACCCAGGUGCAGCAUAUUACACUUUGCCUUCUUGAAACUCAUUAGCUUCAUAUGCAUCCAUUUUUCAGAGCUUGUCCUUUGGAUGGCACCCCUUCCUUUAUCAUGUCAGCUGAAGCACUUGGCAUGGUGUCAUCUGAAAACUUGCUGCAGGGGUACUUGCCUUUGCUCUCUAGCUCAUUGAUAAGAGUACUGAUCCUAGAAUGGAGUCCUGAAGGAUGUCUGCCCCCUGUUCUCACCUCCAUAAUGCCAUUGACCGAAAUCCUCUGGAUGUGACCAUCCAACCUAUUCCUCAUUGACCAAAUAGUCCACACUUAGUUUCUCUCCGAUUUAAAGGUAAGGAUGUGAUGUGGUACCAUGUCUAAGGCCUUGCAGAAGGUAGAUGACAUCAGUUGCUCAUUCUUUGUCCGCUGAUGGCAUUACUCCAUCGUAGAAGGCUGCCAGUUUGUCAGGCACACCGUGUCCUUGGUUGGCUGUCUCAGAUCAGCUCCUUGCUUUGCACAUGCCUUGUUGUAGUUCCCAGAGUGUUCUGUUCCACAGUCUUCCUAGGAAUAAAGAUAAAGCUCAUCAGUGUGUGAAAACCCAGGUUUUCCUUUCUCACUUAAAAAUGAGAGUGAUGAUUCAUUUUUCCAAAUCACCAGAGACUUUGCUUGACAGCCAUGAAUUUUCAAAUAUGAUGGACAGUGAUUUGGCAACCACAUCAACUGCUCCUUCCAGACCUGGGAUAUAUGUCAUCUGGCUGCAUAGGUUUGUAAUGUUCACUCUUACAAGACAGCAUUAGACUUAUUUUUCCCAGUGGGAGGGAUUUGGCUCCCUCAGCUCCAAGCUACAUGUUUAAGGAUGUGAGAAACAUGGGAAGCCUGACCACCAGUGAAGACCGAGGCAAAGAACUUUCUGCGUACCUCAGCCUUCUCCGUGUCUGCUGUUCCUUCUUGUUGUCAAGGAGAGUGUAUCUCAGAGGGUAUGCUCUCCUUUGCCUGUCCCUUCUGACCAGCAUACCUGUAGAAUCUUGUAAUGUUUUUCAUGUCCCUCACCAAGUUUUGUUCCAUGUAUGCCUUGGCUUUCCUAAUCCUAUCUCUACACAUCCAGAUGACACCCCUGGAUUCUUCCCAGGGGUGAAAUCUCAUCCAAUAAUUCCUUCAACAGUCAGAAAUUUGUCAGAACUUCUCCUCAAGUCCAGGAUCCCAACUUAUCUCCUUGCUAGGCCCGUGUUCCUGAGAACAUGAAAUCAGCCAAGCAUGAUCCCUAUGGCUCAGACUGCCUCCAUUUUUAACCUCUUUAAUGAACUCUGCAUUGGUGAGCGAGGUCUAGAAAUGCUUCACAUCUAUUUGGACUGCCCAAUAUCUGGACCAGGAAGUUAUCCUCAAUUAUUCCAGUCCCCUGGAUUGCUUACAGCCUCCUGUGUUGCUUUCUCAGCAGACCUCCAUGUGGUUGAAGUCUCCUAUCAGGAUGAGAGCCUGUGAGCAUGAUGCUUCUUGUAGUUAAAGCAAGAAGGCCUGAUCCGCAGGCUGCCUUCAGCUGGUGGCCUGUAGUAGAUCUGAUCACCAGAAGUUUUUCAUUGGUCUGAUCCUUCAUUUUUACCCACCAGCUCUUAACCUGACCGUGGCUGUUUCCUUAACGUGGAGGAUGCUUCCACACCCCUCCUUCCCUGUUCUUCUCUUCUGAAAUACUUGUAGCCCUUGGUUAUAGUGUCUCACUUGAGCAUUUCAUCCUACCACGUCUCCAUGACAGCAAUUAGGUCAUAGCUUUUUAACUGUACCACGGCUUCCAGCUCCUCCUGUUUAUUCCCCACUCUUUGUGUUGAUGUGGCGGCACUUCAGUGGGGCCGUCAAUCAGCCUUGUUACCUUCUUGGAGGAGCAUAGUUCCUUCAUGACAGUUCAGAGCCUUUCCUCUGCUGCUCCACAGAGUGAUAGUGAUGGUGUUCGCUGGCCCUUCUCUAUCACUGAGAAGUACAUCCCUUUUCCCUAUCAAAUGUAGUUUAAAGUUCUGGUCGUCAGCCCAGCCAGCUUUCUGUACAGAAUAUUCUUGCCCCUCUUUGUCAGUUGUGCCCUAUCCUACAUAUACAUACCCAGUGUCUGGUGGUAUUUCCAAAGUAAUGAAACACCAAGUGUGACAGCAUCCACACAGCAAUUGUGCACCUCACCUGUGCAUCUCCUUUUUCCUGGGUCCCAGUCUCAAGCUGGGAUGAUAAUGGAGAACGCAACCUGCAGUCCCAAUCCCUUUGACAUCCACCUGAGGGAAAUAAAGUUUCUUGAUAUUUUGUAGUUCUCAUUGUAGCCUCAUGUUACCCAGCUUGAAAGAGCAGCAAUGGGUAAUAUCCUCUGGCUUUAUUAACCUUGGAGCUUCCUCUUGCUGUCAUGAAUGCAGGUCUCUGGCAGACAGCAAACCUAUCUGGAGAGAUUGUCCAGAAGGCAAAAAGCGUACCUCAAUGUCUCUGAGCGAGGAGUCUCCAAUUAUUAACACCUUUUGCCUUUUUUUGGUGACAUAAUAAAGAUCUAAUAAAGGUAUUUGGUUGGA